AGCAGCUCUGGGCUUGGAAAUUGUGUUUAUUCUAACAUCGUAUCGCUGUUCCUGUACUGCCGAUCGUUUGCUUCGAGGAACUCGUAGUUUGCAUUAAAUAACUCUGACGAGAGAAACUGAGGAAAUGGAGGAUCAAGCUUCAGUCAACCAGCUUGCACAUAAAAAUGGGCCGCAGUCAAAUCAGAAGAGAAAUCCCAGGAGAAAGCAGCCGCAGCAUUCUGCUGAUAUAGUAUUCUCCAAAGGGGCAUCUAUCCAGACCAUGCCCUCUCUCAGCAAACUUUUGAAGGCAGUCACCGAGUGUGUCAUUGGUCUUCAGUAUGUAUGGGAGUACCGCAGCCCGAGUAAAUCCGUCCCACCACACUACCAGUGCAAACUCUGUGCCGUCUCCCGCCUGCAGCAUGAUAUGCUCGCCCACGUAAGAGGCUGGAAACACAGCUUCAGAUACUUGAAAAAGGUCCAUCCUGAGAAGGUUGUACAUGAAGAGGAAGAGGCCAUCAAAGACCCCGUUGUAAGGAAGGCAAUUAAAGAAAUUUCUGCUGCGGUGGAGAAGUCCGAGGGAAGAGGGCAACUCAAGGUGAUUCUGAAGGAGCCCUGUGAAGUACCUGCUUUCAAAGGACUCCGUACUGCUGUUCCUAAAUUUAUUCCUCCAACAGCACCAGGGAUGGGACCCAAGGGACCACCCUUUGCUCUCUCAGGUCCCAGGUUCUCUGACCCGAGGUUUCCAGGGGAUUUUCCUUCUCAGGGUGGUCUUCUCUCUGACUAUCCAGGGGGAGACUACGGGGAGCCCGACUUCAGUGGCUUUGAUUAUCCGACCAGGCAAGAUUCCCUUGGCUGUGAUAUGGAUCGAAGGCCUUUCCCAGAUGGUAUGGGUCAUCACCCAGCUGGGACUGGAGAUGGUUUUGGAUCAGGCGGUGGAAGAGAUGGCUAUGGAAGGAGAGGACUCCUCGAGGACCCAGGCAGGACGCAUACUGAUGGGUACCGGAGUGGCUUAUUGGACAGACCAGUGGACAAACCACUGGAGAGGCCAGGCUUGAUGGGAGCAGCUCCAGACAGUAGCAGCCGCUCUAAUACACUACUCACUUACCUGGAUUCCUUCCGGAUAGAGAACGAGAAUGACGCACAGCUGGUGCUGAAGGUGACACAGAAGCUGACAGAUGUGCUGAUGGAGUACAGACUGAGAAGCGUAUCGAGGGGUUCUAGUCUGAACACCAUGUCAAUGAGCUCCACAAGCUUCUCCUCUACCACCCCCAGAAUGUUCAGCAGCAGCGACCGAUUCCCUUCUAGCAGUCUCCUGGGUCCAAACAGGUACUCUGAUGGUCCCAGCAGGUAUUACAAAUGACAAUCCAAGAUGUGACACCUCAGUCUUCUCAUCCCUCUGGCCGCAUCAGACUGUGCAGGAGUCAAACUUUGAUUUUGUGUAAAUGUUUGUGUAGAUGCAUAGUUUCUUUUUUUUUAUGGUUUUAACUUUGUUAGAAUGGGAUUUAUUACUUGGAAAGUUUUACACAGAAUUACUCGUGCAUGUUUUCAGCAGCUUUAACUGAACUUACGUGAUUGACCAUUGUUCAUUUCCCAAAGCCCUGUUGUAUUAAAAGAAAUGGAGAAAUUA